GACCGGAAGUGCUUGUGUCAAGUUUGCAGUAUUUCUCCCAGGUUCAGUGUCAGUGGAUCAGAAAUAUUUCUCCACACUUGUGGGGCAUCCCAGCUUUAACCUGAACUCACAGAGCCUUCACAUAAACUCGGUGUGAACCAUGGCUCAGUAUGAAGUAGUGAACGUGCGCGGAUAUGGAGAAUUCUGCCACGCUGUGUCUGAGAGAAAAGGAAAAGACAUCUUUGCUUAUUUCUCUGGAGAUAAAGACGCUCAGGGAGCAAGCUGGUGUCCAGACUGUGUGAAAGCUGAGCCUGUGGUGAGAGGAGAGAUGAAUCAUCUUCCUGAAGGAUCUGUCUUCAUCUACUGUCAAGUUGGAGAAAGAGCUUAUUGGAAGAAUCCAAAUAAUGACUUCAAGAAGACUCUGAAGUUGAGUGGAGUUCCCACCCUACUGAGAUAUGGCACACCUCAGAAGUUGGUGGAGGACGAAUGCUUCAAAGCAGAGCUGGUGAGGAUGAUGUUCACUGAGGACUGAGGGAUGCUGCGCUGCUCACAUCACUCAUGAAGCAUUCAAGACCUCUCCACUGUUGAACGGCUGCCACCAUUCAGUUUCAGCGCCCCUGCAUUAUUGAAUAUUGAUAACCUUUCACCAGACGCAUCUCCUUCUGUAAUUUGAUACAAAUCAUCAAGUGUACGACUGAAAUAAUGAACAUCGCUUGUAAUAAACAGCCAUUCCAUUCAUUCUAUACUGGAACAACAGA